CCACUUAGUCGUCAGUGGAGUUCCACGUGUAAGUAUUAUACACGGAAGAGGCUUUGUUCCAUUCACUCUUAGCAAUGGCGAAGCAAGUCUCUGAUCACCUGGAGCCAUGGCGCGACCUACCCGACAAGGUCGUCAUGGUCACCUGCGCCUCUUCAGGCCUCGGCCGUGACUUCUGUUUGGAUUUGGCCAAAGCCGGCUGCCGGAUUGUCGCCUCUGCUCUCCACGUCGACCGCCUCCAGUCUGUCUGUGAUGAAAUCAACCAUCUCUCCACCGCGCCGCCGCAGCCGAGGGCCGUCACGGUCGAGCUCGACGUCAGCGCCGACGGCUCUGCUAUUCAGAAGUCUGUGCAAAAGGCUUGGGAUGCCUUCGGCCGCAUCGAUGCCCUCAUCAACAAUGCCGGUGUUAGAGGACCAAGGUAAACUCAAAGCAAUUUGGAAUAUCAAAGUCUUGCAAUAUUGGCACAUAUUGGCACGUAUGGUUUGUCUGGACAUGUAGGAAUUUGGUAACAGCUUUCUAUAAACAAUGUUAUUGCUAGAUGUGGUGGUUUAAUAUUGUAAAGUGCUUUCAGUUUGAGCUGAUUUGCGUGCUCAUGUUCUUCGGCACUUUAAGAUAUCAAUUCUAUCAUUGAUCGAAGUACUGAUGUCGAAUAAGAUGAGUCAAGUGUGCUUGGUAAGAAUUGCUCGUUCUCCGUUUUGGGUCUUCAAUGUCGAUUUACUUUGUGAACAUAACUAGACAUAUGUUUGACAUUUAAACUCACUUCUUUUUCUUUUGUUUUAACUAAAAUUCUCGAAA